AUGGAAAUUUCUAGCUCAAUUGUGUUUGAUCGUGACUGUGAUUCUAGCUUAAUUGUUUUUUAUCGUGAUUGUGAUUCUAUUUUUCCUGCUGGAGUUGGUUUAGUCGACUCGUUUUCGCAACAAUUGGAAAAAAAGAAUGCUAUUUUAUUUGAGGAAGCAGCUAGUUCUGAAUUUUAUGGGAAACAAUUUCCUUCUGAAGAUGUGGCUUAUGAAAUGUUUAAUGAAUAUGCAUUUAGAAAGGGCUUUGGAAUUAGAAUUGGAAAAAGUAAUAGGCGAAGAGAUGAUUCAUUCUCUAUGAAAAGCUUUGUUUGUACAAAUGAGGGUUUUAAAGAUGAUAAAUGCAGGAAUAAUAGGCUGUAUGAGAGACUUAACAUAAGGACUGGUUGCUUAGCUUUUGUGCAGUUUAGUAUUGACCGUUCAGGUGUAUAUACAUGUACAAGACAUGAGAUGGUUCAUAAUCAUGAAAUGAUUCCUGUUGACAAGAGACAUUUAAUAAGGAGAAGUCCUAUUACUAUUAUGACUGAUCAAGCUCAAGCAAUUGCAGCUGGGAUAAGAAAUAUUUUCCCCAAAGGUGUUCAUCAUAUAUUAUGUGUGUGGCAUAUUGAACAAAAUUCUAAGAAACACAUUGGGGCGUUGAGAGCUUUGGAUGGUUUCACUGAUUUAUUUGGUUAUUUACUGAAGUAUUGUGAAACUCCACCAGAAUUUGAGCAUUAUUGGAAAAGAAUGUUGUUGAAAUAUGACUGUGCAAAUGUUGAUUGGUUGAAUGAUUUGUAUAAAAUCAAAGAGAUGUGGUGUCCAGCUUUUUCAAAGAAAUUUUGGUCAGGAGGUGUGCUUUCAUCUCAACGUAGUGAGACAACUAACAAAUCAGUUUCUCAAAGGCUUAACAAGACACAAGGUCUAUGUGAUUUCUAUCAAGUGUUUCUCGAUGUGGUUCAAGAGUGGAGAAGCAAAGAAAAAGGGAGAGAUUAUAAUACAAUCAAAGGUAAUCGUCAUUUGGCCUUUGCAUACAUUGGGAUUCUUGUUCAUGCUAGAUCAUUGUAUACUAUUCAAGCUUAUGUGCUUUUUGAGGAAGAGUUCAUUAAGGGUACUGCUUGUGAUCAUAAGGAUGCUGGUGUGAAUUUUCCUGAAUAUUAUUAUCAUUUGUGGAGACCUGGGAAAGAUAUGAUCAAGCACGAGGUUGUUUUUAAUAAAGAAACACAUGCAAUAUGUUGUACAUGCAUGUUGUUUAGUGAAAUGGGUUUGCUUUGUUGUCAUGCUCUUCGAAUUUAUCAUAUGAAUUGUGUUCAUAAGAUUCCAGAUGACUAUAUAUGUAAGAGGUGGACUAAGGCUGCUAUGUGUAGUCAUGGCCUUGAUGAACCUACAAUGAAAACCAAUGUAGUAUCUACAAGUGUUUGGAGGACACAAACACUAAGGAAAUUUGUUAAGUUGGUAACAAGUUGUCAACACUCUUUGAAUGCUAGAGCAGAGGUUGAAUGUUAUUUCAAUCUUUUAAAAGAAAAGAUUGAGAGUGUUACUGGUACUAUUGAUUUUAAUGAACCGGUUGAAGGUAUUGAAAUUGUUGAUCAUGAAGUUAAGAAUCCGGCAAAAUCAAGACCUAUUGGAGAGAGGAAUUAUAGGCCUAAGAGUAAUUUAGAGAAGGCUUAUAACAAAGCCAGGGGUCAGUGGUUGAAGAAAAAGUCAGUAUACACUCCUUAUAAAAGAUCUAAAGGUCAAGCAGUAGUUCAGGAAUUGGACGAGAAUGGGUGUCCUAUAUCUUAUGCUAAUUCUUUGGCUGAUCCUAAUGAGUUAAUUGUGAUUGAAGAUCCAAGUGCUCAGGUUUGUAAUAAAAAGACUGCCAUUGUAGAAGAUAUCCCUUCAGAUGAUAGUGUUUCAAAUGACUUUGAACAGGAAUAUGGAUAUAGCUCUAUGCAAUCAAACGUUACUGUUGAUCCAGACAUAUCUUCUAUUGUUAAGGUGAAAUAUUAAUCAUCUACCUUUUAAUUUUGUAUAAGGUCAUUAUGAAUUUUGAAUUUGAUCAUUAAUUAUUUUAAUUUUGAUCAUUAGGUUA